ACUGCGCGUUUAUCCGGUACAUACGGCCACCGAGUGGUAGCAAUGUGACACGCAACUCCGCGUCCAAUCUGUUGCAAAGAUAUACUAGCAGUAUAAAUACCAAGAUGUGGGCCAUUUAUCGCGCGCGGACAUAGAAGCAGGCUGGUUGCUGUAUUUGCUGGACUGAUGCCUAGGAUGAAACUGCGUGAGCAGUCUACCUCCAGCAAGUUUUCAAAAGAUGUUAAGUGGAAUAAAAAUUACGCAAGGUAACCAAUAUGUAACAUAGUGUAAAAUGGAAUUUAUUUGUGUACAAAAAAUUGCAGCCUUACUCAGGCGUCAGCCUGCCCUGGUCGGCAGAGAAGAUGACUCCAUGCAAGUCGGAAUUAAAUACUGAUACUUUGUUCAAAUGUAGGAGGAGAAUUGGGUGAUCGGACACUCUUUCCUGACACCUGUUAAGUUGCAAACGAAGACAAAACCGCUUAAAAUACCAAUGUUUGAUGGGUGAAACGCGUCAGCAAAACCACAGGGAUAAGGUCUUAUGAACACUGAUACUGGAUAGUGUUCAAUCGCGAUGGAGGGUGUUUUAAAAGAUCUGGACUUUUGGUCUAUGAACGAAUCCCUGAGUAACACAACUCUUGGCAACGGAACCGGAGGCAAUCAAACCGUGAACCCUUUGAGGCGCAACGAAGAAGUAGCCAAAGUAGAGGUGACCGUGCUCGCCCUGGUGCUGUUUCUGGCUCUGGCUGGCAACGUGUGCGUCUUACUCGCUAUCCACACUACCAAGCACAGUCAGUCUCGAAUGUACUAUUUUAUGAAGCACCUCAGUAUAGCGGAUCUAGUGGUAGCGAUCUUUCAGGUCUUGCCACAACUCAUUUGGGAUAUCACAUUUAGGUUUUACGGACCAGAUAUUCUCUGCAGGCUGGUGAAGUAUGGGCAAAUCGUUGGGAUGUUUGCCUCAACCUACAUGCUUGUUUUGAUGUCAAUAGACAGGUGCUUAGCCAUCUGCCAGCCACUGCGCUCCUUGCAUAGGAGAAAGGACCGCUUCUAUGUGAUUUUCUCCUGGGCACUCAGCCUCUUGUUCAGCGUCCCUCAGAUGUACAUCUUCUCCAUGAGGGACGUUGGAUCCGGGGUGUAUGACUGCUGGGGGGAAUUCGUGCAGCCCUGGGGAGCCAAAGCGUACGUGACGUGGAUUAGUCUUUCCAUCUAUAUCAUUCCGGUGGCCAUACUGAGCUUUUGCUAUGGACUGAUAAGCUUUAAAAUAUGGCAAAACUUUAAACUGAAAACAAAGAGAGAACAUUGUAUUACGCUCACCACUAUGGCUUCAAAAGGCACUGAGCUUUCGCGGGUGAGCAGCGUAAAUCUAAUCUCCAAAGCAAAGAUCACAACUGUGAAAAUGACUUUUGUGAUAGUCGUGGCAUAUAUCGUUUGCUGGACUCCCUUUUUCUUCGUGCAGAUGUGGUCAGCUUGGGAUCCUGACGCACCCAGAGAAGAGAUGCCCUUCAUUAUCUCUAUGCUGCUGGCCAGUCUCAACAGCUGCUGUAACCCCUGGAUCUACAUGUUUUUUGCGGGCCACCUAUUCCAUGAUCUGAGGCAGCAUUUCCUGUGCUGCUCCAGGCGCUACCUGAAGCCAUCCCAGUGUAACUGCGAGCGUGAGUCCAGCCGCAAGAGCAACUCCUCCACCUUCGCCAUCAAGAGCACCAGCAGCCAGAAGAGCAUCACACAGACCUCCUUCACAUGAACCUCCCAACACCCUGCAUUACACCCCCCCCCCCCCCACUUUCUCCGAGCAGGCGUCCAGAACAUGCCCCUCCCCAAACAUACCUCCACCACAUGAACCUCUCAAACUCCACACCUCUUCUCUUCUUCACCAAGAAGACUUCCACCACACUUCUAACACUGUACCUCCUUUCUGCUUCACCAAACAGACGUCCACCACAGAGGUCCUGCAACCAGCGUCCUGAAGCCUGGGCUGUUCUCUCUACUUUUUAAGCAUACUUCAGCGAUACAUCGCCAUGACAUCCUCUCUCAUCAUCCUGUGCAAAGGCUCACUCAAUAAUAUUGCACUACUUUUUAUAUAUACCAUCUAGAAAGUAACGAGAUGACUAAAUAAUAUUUCAUAUAUCUGUGUAUGUAGCUGUUGUACAUGGUGUAGAUUGCAAAAUUGUUUAUUAGAAACUAUUAUGAAGAACACACACUUAGGUUUCUUUUAAAAUAUAGGUCCUAUUCAUCUAAGCUGUUCAUCAUUUGACAGUGUCUGUGUAGGUUUGUUUCUGGGCGUGUUUAAUCUUUAACAGAAAAAAAUUGGACAAAGCAAAAAAAUGAAGUUCCAUGGGGGCCAGUAAAAAGGUGGGAACAUAAAUUAGAUGAUUAUUCUGACGUUACACAAUGCUUCACUUAAGGAGCAGGUCACAUAUCUGUGUUGUAUUGACCUGGGAUGUAGUGGGUUUGCGUGUCAGUGGAAAACAUUCAUGAUGGUAGUGGUCGUCUGAAAAAUAGAAAGGUAUUUAGAUAAAGGAAAAUUGAUACUGUUGGUUUUUAAAUUCGAUAUGAAGGUACUUUGUCUGUAACUGCAGUUUGUUGUUGGAUCUUCUUGUUCCUAUUGUCCUUACAUUAGGUCAUAUGGAUUUACCAUUUGUACAUUUUAGGAAACAUUUCACCGCAGAGUCAUUGCAAGAUAAAAUUGUUUACCACA